AUGGCGUUUUUGAGUCAAUUACAAGGAGGGUUCGCCCAGUUGAAACAGAAGGCCGAAGCUGCUGCUCCGUCGAUUGCUGGAUCUUUGAAUCAACUGAAAGAGGCACCAAAACUUGUGGAAAGUGCAUUCAAGUCAGGACUGACCAAGGUCAAAUUGGAUUCGUUGGGAAAGGUUCUGAAUGUUCCGUCUUUGGGAAGAAGUCAGUCUCCGAUUGACAUUGUUCCAGUCAUCACUGCAUUUGGAGAACACCUUCAGAAUGCACAUUUCGAAGUUGCAUACGAAUCGACAGGAGAGUUCAAAGCUGGGAACGACGGAAACUCGGUUUGGUUGUUGAGAGAGGGAAACAGCAGUGAAUUGGCCAUCUCUUUCCUCGCUGAAGAGCAAUAUCAUCUGGAUGCAGUCAACUUCCAUUGGGCUACAGAACCAAUGAAUGGAUCCGAGCACACAAUUGGAGGUGUUGGAUAUGCUGGAGAAAUGCAUCUCAUCCAUCGAAACACUCGUUUCGCAACCAUGGCCGACGCUCUCAAGCAACCAAAUGGUGUUAUUGCGAUCGCUGUAUUCUUGAAUGAGUCUCACGAUGACAACCCAGUUUUCUCCCCUUUCAUCAAUCUGCUCCCACAGAUUAUCUAUAAGGGAAGUGAGUGCAAAUUGUGCUCAUUUGACUUCCAAACCUUCUUCCCUGUCGCCGAGAAGACAAAAGAAUUCUGGAUGUACGAAGGAUCGGAGACUACUGAUCCAUUCCGUGAAACUGUCAAUUGGAUCGUCAUUAGAGCAGCUCUCCCAAUCAGCUCUCAUCAGCUCGACAAACUUCGCGAGGUCCGGGCUGGCCGAUACGACGAGGAAUUCUCGGACAAGGUCCCGAUGAAACCACUUCGUCAGAUUCAGGCGGCCUCAUCUCGAACCGUCCUAAGCAGCUUUCGCUCAGUGGCCGGCGCUCCAGACCUCGGAUUCAGACAAUGA